CCGGCCGUGGCUAGCGGGGGCCGUCCCGCUCACAGUCCUCCCCGCCAGCAUUUGCGUGCUAGCCGCCCCUCCCAGCGGUGGUCACUGCCAGUGUCAGUCCCUCCCGCCGCCGUGCAGUGCCGCCCUAUUUCGCUGCAGCCACCGCGCCGGCUCCAGCGCCCGCAGCUUGCGCUCUAGAGCGAGGAGCGGCCAACGCCCCCGCCCCGCUGCCGCCAUCGUCACCGCAGUGCUCUCCGGUCGCCAUUUGCUACCGAAACUUUCCAGCAACCGCGAAGUUUCCCGGACUCCGCGGCGGGGGGGCGGAGGCGGCCCAGGGGCGGCGCGCCGCUGCUCCGGGGCGCCGGGCUCUUCCCGGCCGGUGCGACGGGCUCUUUUCGGCAGCCGCACUGCUGGGCCUCGAAAGCUGACCGCCUGAGGGAGAUAUAUAGUGCGACCAGGUACCCGCCGCCGCCGCCGCCACAAGCUGCCGUGCUAGCGACGAGACGGCAUGCCAUUUCUAUGACUGGACGCUGAGAAGCCUGCUGGUCCACAGGUUUACAUAUGAAGUUACCAUAAAGAGUGUGGCUUCUGCUUCAUCAACACCUCAUUGCUGCGAGGUGAGGCUACAAUGAGCAUAACCAGUGACGAGGUGAACUUCCUGGUGUAUCGGUAUCUCCAGGAGUCCGGUUUUUCCCACUCGGCUUUCACAUUUGGGAUCGAGAGCCACAUCAGCCAGUCCAACAUUAAUGGGACGCUAGUGCCACCAGCUGCCCUCAUCUCCAUUCUGCAGAAGGGACUGCAGUAUGUGGAGGCUGAGAUCAGCAUCAACAAGGAUGGAACAGUGUUCGACAGCAGCCCUAUAGAGUCCCUGUCCCUGAUAGAUGCUGUGAUUCCUGAUGUGGUGCAGAUGCGGCAGCAGGCGUUUGGGGAGAAGCUCACUCAGCAGCAAGCAAGUGCAGCAGCCACAGAGGCAUCAGCAAUGGCAAAGGUGGCAACUGUAACCCCAGCUACUGUUUCCCAGCAAAAUCCUCCAAAGAACCAAGAGGCCAUAGUGAAUGGAGCACAUGCAAUCAAUAAUCAUUCAAAGCCAAUGGAAAUAGACGGGGAUGUUGAAAUUCCACCCAACAAAGCCACAGUCCUUCGGGGCCACGAGUCCGAGGUGUUCAUUUGUGCCUGGAACCCUGUCAGUGAUUUGCUAGCUUCUGGAUCAGGAGACUCAACUGCAAGGAUAUGGAACCUGAAUGAGAAUGGCAGCAGGGCCUCCACCCAGCUCGUGUUACGGCACUGUAUACGAGAAGGGGGCCACGAUGUCCCGAGUAACAAAGAUGUCACCUCACUGGACUGGAACAGUGAUGGAACACUAUUGGCGACGGGUUCAUAUGAUGGUUUUGCAAGAAUAUGGACAGAAAACGGUAACUUGGCCAGCACCUUAGGCCAACAUAAAGGACCCAUCUUUGCUUUGAAAUGGAAUAAAAAGGGGAAUUACAUUUUGAGUGCUGGUGUAGACAAAACAACAAUAAUUUGGGAUGCUCACACAGGAGAAGCAAAACAGCAGUUUCCUUUUCAUUCAGCCCCUGCCCUUGAUGUGGACUGGCAGAACAACACGACCUUCGCCUCCUGUAGCACAGACAUGUGUAUCCACGUGUGCAGGCUCGGCUGUGACCGCCCAGUCAAAACCUUCCAGGGACACACAAAUGAGGUCAACGCCAUCAAAUGGGAUCCUUCUGGAAUGUUGCUGGCUUCCUGCUCGGAUGACAUGACAUUGAAGAUCUGGAGUAUGAAGCAGGAUGCAUGCGUUCACAAUCUUCAGGCUCACAGGAAAGAGAUCUACACCAUCAAGUGGAGCCCCACUGGGCCCGCCACCAGCAACCCAAACUCCAGCAUCAUGUUAGCAAGUGCUUCAUUUGAUUCUACAGUGCGACUAUGGGAUAUGGAGCAAGGUGUCUGCACCCAUACACUCAGGAAGCAUCAGGAGCCUGUCUACAGUGUAGCUUUCAGCCCCGAUGGGAAGUACUUGGCCAGUGGAUCCUUUGACAAGUGUGUUCAUAUCUGGAAUACUCAGAGUGGAAGUCUUGUCCACAGCUACCAAGGCACCGGCGGUAUCUUCGAGGUGUGCUGGAACGCCCAAGGAGACAAAGUGGGUGCCAGCGCAUCUGACGGCUCUUACCUAGGCCUGGCCCAGUUCCUGUCAAGUCACCAUGAGAAGGCAUCCAGUCACCCUCUCACUUGGCUGUGCUCAUCAGGACAAAGCCAUAUGCAUGAGUAUCAGCUGGUGAUGCUUGGUGUCUCAACUGGGAGUCAUCAUCUUGGCUGAAGAGUCGGUUCUCAGUGUUCCUGUUUGACAGCAUCAAAAUCCAACUCUGGCUAAUGUAAGCCCAAAGGAAUAAAUGGGCCUGAUACUGGCAAGCUUUGAGAAAUCGGAGAAUGAGGCUCAGAGGCCACGCAGACAGGAACUGCGAAAAGUAGGCUGCAACACUUGGCUCAUGAAGAUGACAGAUGUGGCAGUGGGUGUUGCCCACACCCUGAAGGCUGCACUGACUCUGGAGGAACACUCAACACUCCCUCCCAAAGUGGGCUUGCCUGCUGCCAUGGCCUCUCCAGAAGUGCCUCUCUGCAACUCAUUACCUUGAGCGUGAGCUGGUAACUUGAGAGAGAUGCCUAAUUGGCUCUACCAGGUCACAUGCCUUGCUCUAGCUGCAAGGGAGGCUAUAAAAAUAUCCUCUUUGCUUUUGAACUGGGGAGUGCGGCUGUGCCUUAUCAGGUAGGAAGAUAUCCCCAAAUAGAGGAAGGGCUUCUGAUAUUGGGAGCUCAGGGGAGUAUAGACAGAAUACCACUACUGAGAUGAAGGAUGCACAUUUCCCUAGAAAAUCUAAAACUUGUUCAUGUUUCCUUGAUACCUUUGAUCAAGGUGUGUGAGGUCUAGCCGAGGCUAAUCCUGAGGAGGGUGAAGGAAGAGUUAUCCAGAGAGUUGGGGCAGGCCUGGGCACUACCUCAUGGUGUGCUCAGAAUCCAUCAGCAACCCUGUGACUCCAGAAGUACACAGGCAGAACCUUCCUGAAUUCAAUAUUCCUGAUAUAAAGGGAGGUGUCACAUGGCAGAGCUGUUCACAGUAUCCUGAGAAAAUAUUGUGUCUUGCUUUUCUGUAUACAUACUGGUGGUUUGUAAUCCCAGUGCAUACUGCAACAUUUUUGUUAAAUGUAAAACGAUAAUAAUAUACAUACACACAAGGGAGCUUCAAAAAGUUCAAAAAAUACAUAUUAUGGAAAAGCAGUGGAUUUCACAAGACUUUCUGCAUCAAAAUAAGCUCAUCCUAACUUGUUACAACAUGUUUGAAUAGUAUCUAGUUUGUAGCACUAAAAAGUGUGAGACAUCAGUUUGAUUAAAGCAGAGCAACAUGUUGUUAAAAUUGAAAUAAUGUCAAAUUUUAUGGUGAGGUCUGGGGGAAGGAAUUGUGAAAUCAUUGAUGUUUUACAAAAAGUUUAUGAGCACUGUGUCCCAAAGAGAUAAGCAGUUUACAAAUGUGUAAGUUGUUUUAAGAAGAAAUGAGAUGAUACUGAAGAUGAAGCCCUCAGUGGCAGACCAUGCACAUAAAUUUGUGAGAAACAAAUCCUUGUUCAUGCCCUAACUGAUGAAGACCAGUGAUUAACAGCAGAAACAACAGCCAGCACCACAGACAUCUCAACUGGUUCAACUUACACAAUCUGACCGAAACAUUCAACUUAAGCAAACUUUACACUCAGGUUCCAAAACUGUUGUGCCCACAUUAGCUGCAGACAAGAGUUAAGCUUUCAGUGGAAAUUUUAAACGAGUGGGAUGAAGAUCCUGAGGCCCUUCUACAGAAUUAUUAUAACAGGAGACCAAACACAGCUUUAUCAAUACAAUCCUCAAGGCAAAGCACAAUGAAAGCAAUGGCUACCAAGUGAAAGCAGAAGCAGACUGCUCAGUAGGUCAUGAUAACAGGUGUUUUUUUGGUUUGUUUGUUUGUUUUUUUUUUUAUGCGUAAAGCAUUAUUGUUGCUGAUUUUCUGGAGGGCCAAAGAAUGAUAGCAUCUGCUUAUUACGAAAAUGGUUUUGAGAAAGUCAAAGCUUUAUUAGAAAAAAUGCCCAGGAAAAGUGUCACCAAAGGGUCCUUUUCCAGCACACCAAUGUUCCUGCUCAUUAACCUCAUCAAACAACGGCAAUUUUGCAAAAGUUUCCAUGGGAAAUCAUUAGGCAUCCACCUUACAGUCCUGAUUUGGCUCCUUCUGACUUCUUUUGUUUCUUAAUCUUUAAGGGGCAUCCUUGUUGUAUUUUUUUUUCCUCCAGUUGUUACUGUAAAAAAAGACUGCAUUGAUAUGGUUAAGUGCCCAGGACCUUCAGUUCUUUAGGGUUGGAUUAAAUGGCUGCUGUCAUUGUUUACAAA